AUGGAUGGAACACAACGAGUUCAGCUGGUCACCGAGCUCGUGCUGCCGGCCAACAACCUCGUUGGGGCCCUCGAGACACACUUGCUCGCCCGCUUUGCGGCGCUGGAACGAGUCAACCUCGCCCACAACCAGCUCGUCGGCCACCUGCCGUCCCUCGUUGAGCUGUCUCGGCUGAAGGUUCUCAACAUAUCUUACAACGCGUUUCAAGGCUCGCUACCGGCCUUUCAUCCUGAAGCCGCGGUUGAGGUCAUCGAUCUCGUCGGCAAUGCCUACUUUGGCCCGCUGGAUCUCUCAGCCAACGUGGUCAAUCUCACCCACUUUGACGCCUCGCGCAACUUUUUCCACGGCAGCAUCUUCCCACCGCUCCUCUUGACCGCAUCCGGCAUGGUCCACUACUCGGUUGCGCUCAACGAGCUCGCCGGCACUCUCCCGGAUUCGAUCUGUGCCUCAUGGCCAAGGCUCGCCCAUCUCAACCUCGCCAACAACGACGGGCUGGUGCAGUCAGCUGGAGUUCCUCUCGCUUGGCUUUCCUCGCUCUCUGGCUCGCUUCCUCCCGAGUUUUCAACACUCUCGCAGCUCUCAACUCUUCAGAUCCCGUCGGCAUCGCUCUCGGGCACCAUCCCCGACGGCUACUCUGCGCUGACGCGCAUGGUCGACCUUCAGAUCUCGUCGAACGAUCUCGAGGGCACCAUCCCGAGCGAUUUGUUUCAAAGCAUGCCACGGCUGACUACGCUUGUGGCCGAGAAGAACCCCAUGCUCUCGGGCCAGCUCCCGCCGUCGCUCUUCUCGUCGCCGCAUUUUGAUCUGGACUAUGUCAACUUUGCGUGGUGCAAUUUUCCGGCUUCCUCCCGCCUCACGUGGCGCUUCUCACCGCGCCGCGACUGA